UAUCCUAAUAUUUUGUUAUUAAGAAUUAGUCGAGUACGUACGAUACUAAUAUUUUAAUUCCAUAAAUCCGCUACAGUAUUAAACCUAAAGCAUUUAAAAUUAAAAAAAAUCAAUGGAUGAUAAUUCUGAUAAAAGACCUCAAUUUGGGAAUAGAUAUCUGGAAAAUGCUGAAGAAGUGUUUAAACACAAUUCGUGGGAUAAUGUGGAAUGGGAUGAAGACCAAGAGAAAAAAGCACAAGAGAAGGUUAGAAAUAAUUCACAAGUAACAUUCACAGAUGAACUUUUAAAGUCCUUAGAAGAAGAUGCUGAUAAACACUGGGAUGCAUUCUAUGAUAUACACCAAAACAGAUUCUUCAAAGACCGGCAUUGGCUUUUCACUGAAUUUCCUGAGUUAGCACCUGACAAUACAUCUGCACCAGUACGAGUGUUUUCAGAAACUGCAAACCAUGGAAACAAACAAAACACAACUUUCAGUUCUACUAAUGAUACAAUUCGUAACAUAUUUGAAAUAGGUUGUGGUGUUGGAAACACAAUUUUCCCAAUACUGCAAUACAGUCAAGAUCCAAAAUUAUUUGUAUAUGGCUGUGAUUUCUCAUCUAAAGCUAUUGAAAUAAUGAAACAAAAUGAGCUUUACAAUACAGAUAGAUGUAAAGUAUUUGUAUUGGAUGCAACAGAGGCUGACUGGAAUGUACCUUUCAAGGAGAAUUCAAUAGAUAUUGUGGUGUUGAUAUUUGUAUUGUCUGCUAUUGACCCCCAAAAGAUGCCUCAAGUAAUCAAGAAUACAUUCAAAUAUCUGAAACCGGGUGGAUUAGUUGUGUUCCGAGAUUAUGGCCUCUAUGACCUAGCACAACUAAGGUUCAAAAAAGGAAGGUGUAUAUCCAACAACUUUUAUGCACGAGGUGACAAAACCAGAGUAUAUUUUUUUACACAAGAAGAAAUAAAUAAACUCUUCACGGGUGAAGGAUUCAUAGAGGAGCAGAACCUCGUUGAUAGAAGGCUACAAGUAAAUAGAGGAAAGAUGUUGACAAUGUACAGAGUUUGGAUACAAGCAAAAUAUAGAAAGCCGGUUUAAAAUAAAACUAUUUUCUAAAAAU